AAAUGCCUAAAAAUGGAUAAACAUACUGUAAUGAAAAGUUUCUACAGUCUACGGUCAAAAAGAUAUGAAAUUUUGGUUUGCAUUGCUUUAUUCAUUAUACUGAAAUAUACAAGGAAAGGAACAAUAUCUAUUGUUUACAGACCAAUUAUUGAAUCAGAUAUAUAUGACUUUGGAAUGAAUGAAGAAGAACACAUGUCAUAUAAUACUAAAGGCAUUAGUGAUAAUAAAAACAGUGUAAAUGGUAGCACGUAUCGUGACAUUAACAAUGAAGUUCUUAAUUUAGCAAGAAAAAUUACAUCAUUUAAUAAGACAGUUUUAGUUAGCGUAAUAAAUGACGCAUAUUUACCAUUUGCUUAUAGCUGGCUUUGUAACACCAAGGACAUGGACAUUCAUAAAUCUGUAUUAGUUAUUACAACGGAUAAUGAAUCUAAAAUUAAGCUCAAUAGAGACUGGCCUGAUGUGUCAGUCUUCCAUUUACGACUUCAAAUACCCAAAGGUGAUCAGAAAUAUAGUCACGUUGGUUAUGUCAAAAUUAUGAUUCGUAGAACAGAAAUAAUUUUGUCUUUAUUACAGGCAGAUAUUGAUAUGCUUUUACUAGAAUUUGACUACGUUUGGUUUUCAAACCCAAUACCUGGCUUACAAAAGCGAUCUGGUGUUGAUAUGUUGGUGAAUCCAGUUUCUAAUACCGGAGGAACUAUUUUCAAUGGAGGAUUACUUUAUCUUUUUGCAACAAACCGUACUAAAGCCCUCUGGUCAAAACUAACAGAAAUGAUGCGGAAGCUUGAACGAGAUAUAAAGGAUAAACCAGAUAACAAGUCAAUUUCCGAAGGGUAUAAUGACCAGACAUUCCUAUCUCAGUUAAUUCGUGCAAGGUAUGCAAACAUUACUACACAACUACUGACCCUAGAUGUUUACGCUGAUGGUAAAUGGUAUAGUAUGAGUAAUGCCGAGAGGCAGAAAUUACACCCUAUUGUUAUCAGCAACAACUGGAUAAUAGGAAACAAGAAUAAAAUCAUCAGAGCAAAGAAAUGGAAUCAUUGGUUUCUACGUCCUGAUAAUACAUGUGACAUGGACACGGUGAAAAAGAUUGUGUACUCAGAAGUCUAGCAAAAUUAUGAAGAUUAUGUCCGAUAUAUUAACGUUCUCCUUAUGCGUUCCGUUGAAAUUGAUAGCGUUCAUCUCCGUUGGACCGCUUAAGAAAAUGCACCAAUGUUACAAUAUCGCGGCUUAAAAACUUAAUACAAGGAAAGGAAAUUAAAUAUGUAUUUCAGAGUCAUACGAUGUUAACGACAGAAUAAGACCGGCAUAUUAAAUGAUACUCGCUAGCUUAUUUUAUGGAUGUGUCGAUCAUAUUCCGUCGUUAAUGUCUUAUGUCCUCCGACAUAACUAUAAAUGAUUCAUUUUCUAAGUGAGACGUCACGGUAAAACGGUUGUCUUGGUUAUGACAUCAUAUAUACAUUGAAUCUAUUACAAUUUCAACUGAUUAACCUAUGUAUCAGUUCCAUCGUCGUAGUGCCUGUCAACAUCAUAUCUAGUCCAGUAUCACGGCAAAAUAUGAUCUGGAAUACGAGUACUCAUGUGUUUUAUUACUCUUUCCAAUCGUUUUUUAAGAAUUGUUUCGCAAACAAUAAUAUUAAAUCAACAAAAGUACAUGCAUGUUUUAUACAGAAUAUCAUUGUUGUAAUAAUAAAUCAAAAGAAACCGUUAAUGUAUUCGCAAAAGGUCUGAAUUGAAAAUAUUCAGUGUUAUUUAAAGUAUAUUAAUUUGCAUAAUUGCAUAAUGUAUAGGAAUAUUGAUAAUGAUGUCUUGAUUUUGGGAUAUCUCUUAUUCCAGAUCACAGGUAUCACUAUAGUAAAAAGCAUUUUCAGUAAGUUUUUAUUGUCCUAGAGUCUUAUUAACAAUACUCUGCCACUUGAUAGAAUCUUUCUCAAGUUUAGAAGCAAACUCAUGAAAUAUACUAGAAGAGCGAUAUCAUUUUGUUUAUGUUUUUGUUAUGAACGAAGACUAUAGAAAAGACCAUCUU